CUGAUAUAAAAAUUCAACAUUCAACCAAGCAAGAAGCAACUAUUUUGACGUUUCUGUUUUGGCGUGCUGCUUAGUCUUCUCACUCAGCAACGAUCUGUAUUGGACAAAAAUCUGGACUGGUUACUCUAGUCGACAUCAUGAUCAAGCUUUUUUCUCUAAAGCAACAAAAGAAAGAUGAAAUUCCCGGUCGAGCAGGAAAUCAGAAAAAAGCAUCUGCUGCCCAGCUGCGUAUCACCAAAGAUAUUAAUGAGUUGAACUUGCCUAAGACUUGUCAAAUGGAAUUUCCUGACCAAGAUGACUUGUUGAACUUCAAACUAAUCAUUUCUCCAGAUGAAGGCUUCUACAGAGGAGGGAAAUUUUCAUUUAGUUUUAAAGUAGGUCCUGGUUAUCCCCAUGAACCACCUAAAGUAAAAUGUGAGACACAAGUGUAUCAUCCUAAUAUCGACCUUGAAGGAAAUGUUUGUCUCAACAUUUUACGAGAAGACUGGAAGCCAGUAUUAACUAUCAACUCUAUAAUUUAUGGACUGCAGUACCUUUUCCUGGAACCUAAUCCAGAAGAUCCAUUGAAUAAAGAAGCAGCAGAAGUACUUCAGACAAAUCGGCGAUUAUUUGAAACAAAUGUUCAAAAAUCCAUGCGAGGGGGAUAUAUUGGAUCGGUUUAUUUCGAACGAUGCCUGAAAUAACUUCUGUAUAUGAAUCAACAAAAAAACCAAUGGUUCUUUUCAAAUUUAACUUUCAACCGAUCUUUUAACAUGGAAAAUGUCACAUGUGCAGAAAAAAUAAACAUCGGCGUUCUUUGCGUUCCAUCAUAAA